UUUUGAAAGGAAAUGUGUGUAUGCUCCUGUUUUGUGGGUGAACAACCCCAAGAUUCAGUCUCUUUAAUCUGCAUCCUCAUCCAAGGCUGGAGGGCCUUAGGACACGGAUGGAAGAUAGUGAGAGAAUCUUCAGUCUCCUCCAAAUAGUUCCCGGGAGCGUCUCUGCCAGGGUCGCCUUAGAAACCAGCUUGGACCGAGGGGCAGGACAGGAUGAAGGUGUGGGGGAGGGGGACCAGGUUGCCUGAGUUUAGGGUUCAGUCCGGACACUGGGGUCCUUUCUUUGUCCAUUCCAGGUCUGCCCCCUCUUUCCUUCCCCCAACCUUAAAAGUGGGCGUGGCUAUCUCCCCCGAGGAGAGCGCAUUUUGCAGUAGGGUAGGAGGGGAAGAGGGCUCCACCUUGGAGGGUACGGAACGGGAGGGAGGUGCUAAGGGAGGGGAAAGGGGCGGAGGAAGGAGCCGCAGUCCAAGCUCCAGCGAGGAUUGGGACCGCUGCCGCCCCUGCCUGCCGGCCAGUCUCCGCUGCUGGAACACUGCUAGGACUGGGACUGGGGCUGGAUGCCCGGCCCUGGACCCCGCGCUCGGUGUCCUCCCUGGAGAGAGCCGUGAGCUUCAGAAGAACACACCAUUCGGCACCUGGACAGUGGUGAUGUCUGGUGGGGCUUGGACCCAGAACAAGGUCCAGCUGUGUGCCGAAGGAGUAGUGCUGAAUACCAGACAGGUGGAAGGCCAGAGAGAAGCUCCAGGGCAUAGUUGUGCUUCCACCCAGGCCUCAUCUCAUUUUCAUCCCCUGGUAUAGGAAGAUUUUCCCUUAGCACAAGAAGCCACAGAGUUGCAUCCCCCUUCCUGAAGAAGUCUCUUAUCCUCUAAAGUGUGAAGGAAUCUUCUCCAUUUGGGCUGGAUCCAAUUUCACCUGGAGCAUGCUUGGAAUGUGCUGUGUUGAAGAAGUCUCUUAUCUCUGGUUUAUCUCAGGUUUUAUUUUUUUUUAAUUGAAUAGGGGGCUGACCACAGGUCUUAGGGCCUCAGGGUAAAGCUUUAUACUCUUGAGAAGUUGAGAAAGUUGACUUUAAGCUCCAGAAGGGACUUGGUGGGUUGACUAGGUUUUCAGGGACUUAGGAGAAUCAACUUCAGACUUUAGGCUCUACAUCCUUGGCCCUCAAAUGUGAGGUCCUUGGAAGAGAGAAGGGAGGCCAAGAGGUAGCUAAGGUUCACCAUGGUGCUUCCACCACCAGACAAGCGCCAUGUGUGCCUGACCACAGUGGUCAUCAUGAGUAGCAUGGCCUUUAUGGAUGCCUAUCUUGUGGAGCAGAGCCAGGGCCCACGGAAGAUUGGCGUGUGUAUCAUCGUGUUGGUGGGCGAUGUGUGCUUCUUGCUUGUCCUGCGCUAUGUGGCUGUGUGGGUCGGGGCUGAGGUGCGUACUGCAAAGCGUGGCUAUGCCAUGAUCCUCUGGUUCCUCUAUAUCUUCGUGCUACAGAUCAAGCUUUACUUCAUUUUCCAGAACUACAAGGCUGCCCGGCGUGGUGCUGCUGAUCCAGUUGCACGCAAGGCGCUGACACUUCUAUUGUCUGUGUGUGUACCAGGCCUCUUCCUACUGCUUGUGGCCCUAGACAGCAUGGAGUAUGUGCGUACUUUCCGCAAAAAGGAGGAUCUGCGUGGCCGUCUUUUCUGGGUUGCCCUGGAUCUGCUUGACCUGCUUGACAUUCAGGCAAACCUUUGGGAGCCUCCACGCACAGGACUGCCUCUUUGGGCCGAGGGCCUUAUGUUUUUCUACUGCUACAUGUUAUUGCUUAUUCUGCCCUGUGUGUCACUCAGUGAGAUCAGUAUGCAGGGUGAGCACAUUUCCCCUCAAAAGAUGAUGCUCUAUCCUGUGCUCAGCCUGGUCACUGUCAAUGUGGUCACUGUCCUGGUACGUGCUGCCAAUAUGGUGCUCUUCCAUGACAGCCGAGUCUCUACUAUCUUCAUUGGAAAGAAUGUGGUAGCAUUGGCUACUAAGACCUGUACCUUCCUGGAGUAUCGGCGCCAGGUUCGCGACUUCCCACCCCCUCAUGGGGCACUUGCCCUUGAAUUGCAACCACCUCAACCCCCACCACCCCAGUUGCUGCACAACUCAGUGCCUCAUGCACCACCUAUUCAUAGUGGCCCUGGUGUCCCCCACGGGCCUUCCCCUACUCGGGACACACUGGAUACGUGACAGGUACUGCCUACCACGGCCCCUGCUCAUGUGGAUGAAGCUUGGGCACAUGAAUCUGUGGAGGGACUGGUGGGUGGGCAAGGAUCAAAUGUGGUUUGCAUGGGACAGCAGGGCCAGAGCCAGAAUGGGAGGAGCUCCCACCUUCCCUACACUCAGGCUCAGCCUGGGAUCUCCGAGAUCUCUUCAUCUCAGGAAUAAUCUGGGGUGUCUCUGAAAACCAAAUGGAUCCUCCAAUCCCUGGACCACUCUCCCUGGGUCAGAGAACUUCCCAGGGUGUUUUAAGGAUUGUCAGGGCUACUUAAUUCAAUCCAUACUAAUUCAGCUGUAGCCUUGGAAAUGAAUCCUCCCUUUGCUAGGUAGAGAGGGCAAAGGGAGGAUAAGAAUGCUUCCCACGUUCCUUGAAUUUAGGCUUGUGAUCUGUCAUUUUAAAGACUUUACGAUUUUCUAUUCAACGAUUGGGCCUUCAGAGUCAGUUUUCAAUAAUUUUAGAUCCCAGAGUACUUCUGGGAUUUGGAGAUUGGCUCAUAGUAUAUGAGAUGCAUGUGAAAGGAUUGGCUGUAUGGACUGAUGAUUAGUGGCUCUAUGGGGGUCAUAAAGACAUAGCUUCCUAUUUCUUUGUUUUUAGGAUUUCCUAAUUUGUCUACUCUGGGUCACUAUUACUUUUCCUGAGAGAUGUUUGCAUCUUAAUGAGAUAUCACCAUAUACACUAGAUAUGCCCAUUCCCAAAGCCCUCAGUAUAUAUUAUCCCUCUGCCUUGAACCUUUCCUGAAUACAUCAACAAAUAUAAAAGUUUCAUGGUCCCUACAUCCAGCUUUUCUCAUGUUUAGUAAUUAGGAUGCUAUUCUUCAUUCCUGUUUCUAUCUCUGACCUGUUUGAAGAGAUCUAAUCCAGGAAUUCAGAACAGGGCCCUUGAAUAGUCUCUUUCCCUUGGGAAGCUAUUGAAUGACUCCUGAGCAUUUAACCCCAAAGAAUAUAGCUUGAGACUGAAGUCUGACUCCAUCUCAGACAUCCCCAACUCUGGUUAUUGACUGAGUUUCUUUGCUCUAGAAUGAACCAGACUCCAGACUGAGCAACUCAGGCUUUUCUUUGUACUGGCUUUAUUACUGAACCCAAGGGUGCCUUUUCUUUCCCCUAUGUAGUGUAGUGAAGGGAUACAUGAGAGCAAGAGUCUGAUACUGCAAUCCUCUAGUAUUGGGAAGAUCCAGUGGAAUUCCUAAGCUCUUGGCAGGAAGGAUAUAUUUAUAUUCUUGUCUUGUCCUUUUCUUUUCCCCAUUUCACCUUCCCUUCAACCUGAAGAUGCAUGGGUCACAUGAUGGAAUGGAAUGCUCAAACAAAUACCCACCUUGGACAGAGUCUAGGAGCCCCAUUUUAGGACCAGGCAUUCUCCUUUGUACAUUCUGUGCAAGGAGGAUUGGAAUUUGCUUGGGUUUCCCUUCCUGUCUCUGACACUUGUGAACAUGGUUGCAAAGUGUGUGUGUG